AUGAUAUUGGGAAUAUGUGCCGAAACUUGCCUUCUAUUCAUACUACCGUUGUUCUUAUAUGAUGGAUUAUGCUUUACUCAUUGGAUGGUUACUGAUGAUGGACUUACAAUAAAAUCUGUUUCUGAUUCACCAUAUCAUAUGGUACAGCCGCAUUCGUUGGUACAGUUUUUGGAACAGGAACGAAAGUUAAAUCGUAUUACAGAUAUGCGGGCUUUUAUUGAAGAACAUGAGAAAAAUAUUCUUGUGCAUGAAAAUGCGGAUGAUCCAGAGCUAGAAACGAAAAUUCGUAAGACUGAUGAAGAUUGUAUAACGAGUGGAUUCACAUCUAUUAACAAAGAUUCUUUCUUGUUAGCGUACACACUUGGGAAGUUGGUUGGAGAUUUGGAGAUUUUAGCCAGCGUUGAAUUCAAUGCUGAUAAACAAAAGCCGGGAAUGGAACCGCAUUGCAUAUACGAUUUGCAGUUUAGUAUGUAUGCUUUCGAACAUUUUCCGUCUGUGCAGCAACGUGACAAACUCAAAGUCAUUCCCGAGGCUGCAUUUCAGCAAUUACUUCCUCCAAAUUAUUCAAUCACUGGAUUUGGCAGCCAUGUUGCGAAAGCAUUGGAAACGAAGCCAACUAGUGAUUCGUUUUUGCGGUUAGCUGCUUUAUAUUGGCGGAUGAAAGGUGAUGCUCCAAAAGCUGUGGAAUGUUUUCGGCGUGCAUUACACUUUACAACAAAAGAAAUGCAAGCUCGUACUCAGUUUGAUCUUGGAAAUUUAGUGCACCGCGCUGGGUAUCCCUCAGAUGCGAUUGUUCUUUAUCAACUAGCGUUAUUGAAAAUCAAUGAUGCUGUGAUACAUAUGGCCCUAGCUGAUGCAUAUGCAUUGGUGCAGAACCGAUCGGAAGCGAUUGGGCAGUAUGACAUUGCUUUUUCAUUAGAUCCAUCAAUGAAAAAUGCCCAAGUUAAAGCAGCAGCACUAAAAUGCGAUCAAAAAUUAAUCAAUGCAAUGGAGGAGCAACACAAAAAUUUGCUUGAUACAAUCAGAGAGAAAAACUUGUAUAAUGACAAGUAUGAGGCAAUAAAGAAACUGGAAGAAAGUGUGAAGAAAAAUGUUGUAAAUCUUGAAGAAAAAGUGCAGUCUACCUUGAUUUAUGAUUAUUUCACUUAUGGUAGCAUACCCUAUUCGAACUGUCGUUCAGUAUCGAUUUCGGGUUGUUUAGUAAUGCGGUGCACCGUAAGCGAUUGGCGAAGUUAUCAAGCUGUUCGUGAAGAAAAACAUCGUAAACUUGUUGCAAAUGUUAAACGAAAUGUAGCAAAAAACACACUGAAACACAAUGCGCGAAAGGUUGUGGAAAAUUUGAAUGAUUCCCGUGAACUGACAGCAUUUCUGGAGAAACUGGAGCUCAUAAAAGAAAUGAAUAUGGAUGAUCCAAUUGACAAGCCAGUUUACCCACGAAAGCAGUUGCCAUCAAUAAAUGAACUUCUGAAACAUUAUUUGAAUAGCAGUUGGCCAAAUAAAACAUUAUGUGAAAGCAGUUAUUGGUAUUUUCCACUUCCAUCGGCGGAGAAUCUCCCGCAACUUUUCUUAAGCCCGGACAACAAAGGAUUCAGGUCAUCCGAUUUACUUGGCAAAUUUCUUGGCCUGGACGAUGGUGAGGAACAUCCGUUACCAUGGCAUCAACCUUUUUGUGGCAUUUACAUAUCCGAGGAACCACUACAAGCUAUACUUAAACUGCCUGGUAUUCGUGCAGCAGCAGCACAUGGUCCAUCGAUACAAUUUGCGGAAGAUAAGCUUCAAGCGGUAUUUUUGAAGCUUAUGGAUGAUAAAAUUACUGAGGCAGAUAUUGCGCAACGUAUCGGAACUCUUAUGAAAUAUAAAAUUGGACCACAAUGGUUAGUUUACAAUUUAGCAGCUUUGUAUUGGAGGAUUGUUGGUGUACCGAGUGAAGCAAUUACAUGUCUUCGUGCGGCGUUGCAGGCACAGUUUGAACGAUACGCAGAUGUUGCAUUGGUGCAGCUAGCGCAGAUUGUUAUCCGUUUCGGUAGGAGUUAUAAGGAUUACCUAAGCGAUGCUGCCUUUCUGAUGAACAGUGCAAUUGAUGUUGAUCCGAAUGAGCCCAUAACACAUAUUUUGAUGGGAAUUGUAAGAAUUUUGCAAAAGAAACAUACCACCGCAUUGGCACACGUUCGCGCUGCAGUUAUUCUGGAUCCCUUAUUUCAGCCAGCUGUUGCUGUGCUUCACGCGUUGAAAUGUUUGAGUAAAAAUGAACAAAGAUUGUUUGCCAAACGAUUACAUUUACAUUGUUGUUCCCAAGAGGAGUCGAAUGUUUAUUGUCUUGGUAUUCUUAGUGACCGAUGCUUCACGGUAUCCAAGAAAGGUGAAUUUAUGGGAGCAAAUUGUCCGGUGGCUUCUAAAAAAAAAGAGGUGGACUCCUGCAGGCGUGCUUUUUCGUUUGCACCUUUUAUUUUACCUUUAAAUCCAAGCAUUGUCAAUGAAAUUGAAAAAAAAGCGCAGAAGCAGUUAAUCAAACAUUCAAAGAUUGCUCAACGGAAGACAAAUAUAGAUGUUUCUGAUGAAAUCCCAUUGGAUUAUGGAGCUGAAGAAAGUUUAAGAAAAGUCCAGAAAAUGACUGCCCCUUCAAUAGAAAGCUUCUUCCAAAGCGAGAUCCUAUUUACGAAGAGCGCUCCGCCAAAGGAAACGGAAGUGAUUGAUUCUUGGGAAAUGGAUGUACCUGCUGACAAAAUAAUUGUACCGGAUGGUCAGCUAACUUUGAUGCAUGUUCCGGAACGACGAAGAAUGAUUGCUUUCGACAUUCCACUUCCCUCCAAAUUACCGCUGCCGUCUAAAGAUCAAAUCACGAGUGGUUUCCGGUAUGUACCAUUGCCACCAAAGCACACACCAAACAGUAAUUUUUGUGCAAGCAUUAAAAUGAGCUUAGCGAUCCUUCGAGAACAGAGCACGUCAACUUGGUUAUCCGUAACAGCCAAAGGAGUGAAUCUGGGGGAAUUCAUCGAUUUCCAAACACCAGUUAACUUAAACGAGGAUUUUGAACCUGUUUGUCCAGAAUUGUUGUCACCUUCACCGCUUCUUACUCUUGAUCACCUGCCAGCUUAUCAUCUUCGUCAUCAAUUCAUUCAUUAUAAGCCUGAAAAAGGAUUAACAGAUGCAUUUCUAAAAUUCGGAAAAGGAAAAGAACGAAUUGAGAUGGUUGCGAAGAGACUGAAAGAUGCUAUGUCAUUGUCAUUUGCGCAGAAUGAGGAUGGUGUACACUGGUCUUUAUCAACUGCUUCAGCUUUGUAUUGGCGUGUAAAAGGUGAUGCUGUGAAUGCACUGAAGUGUCUGAGACAAUCGCUGAAUUCAGCCCCGCCAGAUAUGAGAGACAUAGCUUUGGUCAGUAUGGCUAACAUAUAUCAGCAAGCGGGGCUUUUGCACAGUGCUUUGAUUGCUGGUGGCCUUGCGUUAAAGAUUUCACCCAAACUUGUCGCUAUUCACUUUACACUUGCUAAUAUUUAUGCUUCACUAGAAAAAUACCAGCAUGCCUUAAUGUUCUAUUAUUCGACCCUGUCGAUGCAGUCCAAUUUUGAACCAGCGAAGGAACGAAUUCGUACCAUUUACUGCUUUGCUGAAAAUCCGUCUAUACAAUUUUAG